AUGUGCAUGCUCUCCUCGAUAGUGUGGUUUCACUUUUUGAUUGAUUACUCUUUGUCUACAGAAAACUUCUCAGAGGACCUGUUUGAAGUCGUCUCCUGUUACUUUCCCAUCGACUACACGCCUCCAGCUACAGACCCGUAUGCUGUGAAGAAGGAUGACCUGGUACUGAUGCUGCGCAGCUCUCUGGCGGCGUAUCCCGGCUUCGCUCCCUACUGCCUCCCGCUACUCCUGGACAAGCUGUCAUCCGACAUGCAGUCGGCGAAGAUUGACUCUCUCCUGACGCUGGCGGAGUGUGCAGAGCCAUAUGGAGCUGAAAGUCUCAAGCCAUUUCUACCUUCCAUCUGGCAAGCAGUGAAGAAAGAGGUGUGCAGAUAUAUGCUCAAUGCACUUGGUGUUCUGGUAACCUUCCUUGUGGACAGACUCAAAGAUCAUCACUCGGUGAUACCACAUGUAUUGCGCGGACUGCUAGCAUCGAGUGGGUGUAAAAAUCUAUUGGAAGAGGACAUUGCGAGUCUGCUAAGGGGAAUAUUUAAGGAGGUUCAAGUACAAGCACACAUGCAGGCUGACAGGCGUGCCGUAUUUUCAACGAUUGCAACACUGCUGGAUCACAGGCUUACAGAUGUGUUGCCGCUGGGGGCCGAUUUUGUUUUUGGAUUCAUACAAGUCCUAGACGGGGAAAAGGAUCCUCGGAACCUGUACAUCGGCUUUCGACUCGUCUGCAUCAUCUGUGCACAUUUUCCAAUAGUACUGGUGUUUUCUGUAUUUCAGAGCAACAAAAGUAUCUUGGAUGACGUAUUGCAUCAUAUAUUGGAAGACUGCCGCCACCACCUCGCCGAACCAGAGCUGAAGCUGUUUGCCCCCACGGCCUGCCUGCUGCAGGAGGUGGCGUCCAGUUCUGACCCUGCCUGCUGCAACGUGCUCAGCGAAGUCGUGCCCAUGCUGAUCUCCCAGUUCCAGGCUCACCCGCAGAAUAGCCAUAGAAAAGCACUUCUUGAGACAUUGAUAGGCUUUCUAAAAAUUGCAAAUGUAUUCUGCCAAGCUGAAAAUAAUGCUUCAAGCCCUCUCCACCGCGACAGCGACCAAAUAUCGACCCUGUUCCUAAGCCUGCUCUCGGACAGCGCCGAAGAGAUGAGAUCGGUGGGCAUCCACGGGAUCCGGGUUCUCACGCAGCAGCCCAAGUUGCUCGACAAGAACAGGCAGACGAUGGCCGCCGAUCAUCUCGUUAGGGCCGCGCUAACGGACGGCAGCUGCCAGAUAAGGAAGGAGAGUGCAGAGACCUUGGCCCAGAUGUCCUUGACUCACCCGGAGGUCAUUCAUAACGAGGUGUUUCCUGUCCUGCUGGAUAAACUCAAGGAUGGUUCAAUAGAUGGCAGCACACCCCACGAAGACGUGCUGCUGGUACUUGCAGGUGUUUCGCGUCACGCCGACACAGGAAGGGACGCCAUCGCGCAUAUCAUUUCUUACAUACGUGAUCCUGCUGCGUGCAGUACACACACAAGGCUAGCAGCCGCACUAGAAGCUCUCCUGUCCAUCGUGACGGAGUGGGCGUCGUCGGGACAGAGCCUGGAGUCGGCCGGCAAGGAACUGGUUGUGCAGUUGGCUGCGUUGGCGAGAGCCGGCCGGCUGCGUGUGCCGGAAGGUCACGUGAAGGUCGUGUGCGAUCUGCUGAGGUUGAUUUGCAGCAUGGUGACGCUGUCACUCGACGUUGGGCUGGGGGAAGCUGGACGCACCGCACAGAAGCUCACGCUAUACACGCUGGUGUGGAUGUUCCUCCUGCAGGCAAGAGGUAGUCAUUCUGAGCAAGGUUCUGUCAGAGCUUUCAGCGUGUAUCCUGCCGUGAACGGCAUCCAGUCCCGAACUCGAUACAGUUCUCGACGGGUGUCGGCGUAUCUGGAGACUCGUCUAGCCGGCGGUGGUGACGACGACGCCGGCCGAACCAAGGCCUUCAACCUGUGGGUGUGGAUCAGCAAAGCACUUGUCGUCAGGGCUCAUCCACGCGCUAAUACAUUCAAAUCCAAGUCCUGUGCGAAGCGGCGCGACGGUCCUCUCUCGCGCAUGCACUGCAACGUGAGGCUGAUGUACAGGCAGCGCUUCUUCCUGGAGACAUCGCCGCUGCUGGUGGCCGCCUUCCACUUGGCUCCCAAAGACAUGAAACCACACUACCUGGUCGCUCUAUCUAUCAUGCUGAGGUAUAUACCACACCAGGUCAUGCUGAGCGAGUUUCCACCGCUGCUGCCGCUGCUGCUGGAGUCGCUGGUGUGCGGCGACGCGGACCUGCAGCUGUCCACGCUCGCCGCGCUCUCGGCCCUGCUCACGGACACUCCACAGCUUCUCAUCGGUCACGCGGACACGAUCGUGCCUCUACUACUCACACUCACGCGCCGCGAGGACAGCAUGAAGCUGCGAAUCUCCGCUCUGGACUGUCUGAGAAUAGUAUCCAGUCUACCCCAUCAGGUUGUGUUUCCACAUCAGCAGCAGGUAAUUCGACAGCUUUCUGCAGCCCUGGACGACAAGAAACGUUUAGUGAGGCAGGCUGCAGCUAAAACCAGAGGAGAAUGGUGUAUCUUAGGCAGCAUGGUCAAGAAUUAAUAGAAGGAAGACGCGGGUCAAUUGUAGGCAGCACAUGUGUUGCUGCACAUCUACAUGCAUGUUCAACUAGUCCUGAAGUUUUAUUGUGCCUAGAAAGUUGAAUUAGAAAUACAAACUGUAUGAUAACUGCAGAACAA